CAACAAGCAACAAGCGACAAAACAACAACAACAAUUACAACCGCUAAACAGGCCGCUGCCUGAAGGCCAAAACCGCAGAAGGAAGCAAAGAACAAAAUUCGAGCUGCUCUCACGCGCAGCUGUUCGAGACGAAAAGUUCUGCCCAGACCGUAGCGGCGCUACUUGAGGCGCACCGGCCAUCAAGAUUCCUAUGCCAGCCCGCAAGGGGCUGUUAGCGCCCCAAAAUACAUUCCUGGACACAAUCGCUACACGCUUCGAUGGCACGCAUUCGAAUUUUGUGCUUGGCAAUGCGCAGGCAAAUGGCAAUCCAAUUGUUUAUUGCUCGGAUGGGUUCGUGGACUUGACAGGAUAUUCACGCGCGCAAAUUAUGCAAAAGGGCUGUUCAUGUCAUUUCCUUUACGGGCCGGAUACAAAGGAGGAGCACAAGCAGCAAAUUGAGAAAAGUCUUUCAAAUAAGACGGAACUAAAGUUGGAAGUUAUUUUCUACAAAAAGGAAGGUGCGCCCUUUUGGUGUCUGUUUGACAUUGUGCCCAUUAAAAAUGAGAAGCGCGAGGUGGUGCUCUUCCUGGCCUCCCACAAGGACAUCACACACACCAAGAUGCUCGAGAUGAAUGUGAACGAGGAGUGUGAUAGCGCUGCACUACUGGGCGCUCGAUUCCGUGCCGGAUCGAAUGCCGGCAUUUUGGGCCUGGGCGGCCUGCCCGGCCUGGGCGGACCGGGCGCCGGGGAUGGCGGCGAUACGGAAGCCAGCGAGGGCAAUAAUUUGGAUGUACCUGCAGGCUGUAAUAUGGGCAGACGUCGCAGUCGUGCGGUUCUAUAUCAGCUAUCUGGGCACUACAAGCCCGAGAAGGGCGGUGUCAAAACCAAAUUGAAGCUGGGCAAUAACUUUAUGCAUUCAACUGAGGCACCAUUUCCCGAAUACAAAACGCAAUCGAUAAAGAAGUCACGCUUGAUUUUACCCCAUUAUGGCGUAUUCAAAGGCAUAUGGGAUUGGGUCAUAUUGGUGGCGACCUUCUAUGUGGCAUUAAUGGUGCCCUACAAUGCCGCAUUUGCCAAAGCGGAUCGACAGACGAUGGUCUCCGAUGUGAUUGUUGAGGCGCUAUUUAUUGUGGAUAUUUUAUUGAAUUUUCGCACAACCUUUGUCUCACGCAAAGGUGAGGUCGUCUCCAAUUCGAAACAGAUUGCCAUCAAUUAUUUCCGUGGCUGGUUUGCCGUCGAUUUAUUGGCUGCCCUGCCCUUUGAUCACUUGUAUGCCUCCGAUUUGUACGACGGCGAGGAAUCACACAUUCAUCUUGUCAAAUUGACGCGUCUGUUGCGCCUGGCCAGGCUAUUGCAAAAAAUUGAUCGAUAUUCACAGCAUACGGCCAUGAUUCUGACGCUGUUGAUGUUUUCAUUUACACUGGCGGCACACUGGCUCGCCUGCAUCUGGUAUGUCAUCGCUGUGAAGGAGUACGAAUGGUUUCCCGAGAGUAACAUUGUCUUGUUCACAGGUUGGCUGCAGCUGCUGGCCGAGCGUAAAAAUGCCUCCGUUGCCAUACUGACAACGGCCGAAACUUACUCGACAGCCUUGUAUUUCACAUUCACCAGCCUCACCUCUGUGGGCUUUGGCAAUGUGUCGGCGAAUACAACGGCCGAGAAGGUUUUCACCAUUAUAAUGAUGUUGAUUGGCGCUUUGAUGCAUGCCGUGGUCUUUGGUAAUGUGACGGCCAUCAUACAGCGCAUGUACUCACGUCGUUCCCUGUACGAGAGCAAAUGGCGUGAUCUGAAGGAUUUCGUGGCUCUGCAUAAUACGCUGCGCGAAUUUCCGGAGGAGCUGCGUGGCGAUGUCUCCAUGCAUCUACAUCGUGAAAUAUUACAGCUGCCGAUAUUUGAGGCUGCCUCACAGGGCUGCUUGAAAUUGUUGUCGCUGCACAUAAAGACGAACUUUUGCGCACCCGGCGAAUACUUGAUACACAAAGGCGAUGCACUCAACAAUAUAUACUAUCUAUGCAAUGGCUCCAUGGAGGUGAUCAAGGACGACAUGGUUGUUGCCAUCUUGGGUAAGGGCGAUCUGGUGGGCUCAGACAUUAAUGUGCAUCUGGUGGCUACCAGCAAUGGCCAAAUGACGGCUACUACCAACAGUGCUGGCCAGGAUGUUGUCGUGCGCAGCAGCAGCGACAUAAAGGCGCUCACCUACUGCGAUCUGAAGUGCAUACACAUGGGCGGUCUGGUGGAGGUGCUGCGUCUCUAUCCGGAAUACCAGCAGCAGUUCGCGAAUGACAUACAGCACGAUCUGACAUUCAAUUUGCGCGAAGGCUACGAGAAUCAAGAAUCGGAUAUUGGGCCCUCAUUCCCAUUGCCCAGCAUCAGUGAGGAUGACGAGAAUCGGGAGGAGGGCGAGUGCAGCAACGAGCAGGAUAAGGAGGGCGGCGCUGGUGGUGGAGGCUCUGGGGCUGGUCCCCUAUCGUCGACAUCGUCGCCACAUCACAGCAUCACGCGCUCACCGCUGCUGGGCAUGAAUAGUCCGCGUCAUCAGCGCCUGCAUCAGCGUGGUCGCUCCUUGAUAACGCUGCGGGAGACGAACAAACGGCAGCGUCCUCUCAACAUGGCCAGCAGUUUGGAUCGCAAUUCGUUCGAGGAGCUGGAGCCGCCCAUUGAGGAGGAGUCGGCCGGCACGAAACGCCCCUCGCUGGAGCGCCUGGAUUCGCAGGUCUCGACCCUGCAUCAGGAUGUCGCUCAGCUGAGCGUUGAGGUGCGCAAUGCAAUUAGCGCACUGCAGGAAAUGGCAUAUUCAUCCGCUGCCAUCAGCUCGCACGGUGGCUCGCUCAAGUUUCCGCCGGCACGUUCCAUACCCAACAUCAGUGGCGUCGCUGCUGCGCGGGGCCUGGGCUUGGGCCUGGGCCUGGCCGCUGGCGAUGCUCAGCUGAUGGGCGGGCCACUGGCCUUGGGCCUGAGCGAGGCAGCGGCCAUGCAGCGCUGCUCGUCGCAUCCGCCGGAGGUGUGGGGCCGCGAAAUGCAGCUGCCGGCCAUGGCAACGGCGCCCAGCUCAAAGGCCGGCUCGCCGGCCAGCGUGGAGGCCGUGCAGAAAACGAGUCGCAGCUGCCAAACCGAUUUCUAUCGCAUCGACUUUCCCACCUUUGAGCGCUUUGUGCUCGCCAAUCCGCGGCUGGUCCUCGGUCUGCUGGGCAUUGAGCCGGUCAUUAAGAACGAAAUCGAAAUGCUGCAGCAGAAGCAAACGUUGCAAAUCUCACCACUGAAUACCAUUGAUGAAUGCGUCUCGCCGCUGGCCACAGAGCCGGGCUUAGGCGGUUCCAAGGAACGGCUGUUGGGCAGCCAGGCGCCGUUGCCAGCGGCAGGAGCUGGCGGACGCGUUUAUCCGCCGCUGGACGAUGAGAAUUCCAAUGAUUUUCGCUGGACGAUGAAGCAUUCAGCGAGCCAUCAAAGCUGUUGCAAGAGCACCGAUGCAUUGCUAACGCCAGAGGAGCAAACAGCUGGACAGGAGCAGGAACAGCAGCAGCAGGUGCAGCAGCAACAGCAGCAGGUGCAACAGCAGCAGGCGCAGCAGCAGCAGCAACAGCAGCAGCAGCAGCGCUGUAAGCGCAGCAUGCGUCGCAGCGGCAGCGGCGGCAGCAACUCCAGCCUCUCGAGCAGUAGCUCCAGCUCGAAUUGCCUGGUCUCGCAGAGCACCGGCAAUCUGACCACCACCAAUGCAUCGGUGCACUGCAGCAACAGCACGCACAGUGUGGCAAACACGCGACGCGCCUCCUGGAAGCUGCAGCAUUCGCGCAGCGGCGAAUACCGACGUCUGUCGGAGGCGAAUGCCGAAUACUCGCCGCCAGCCAAAGUGCCAGUGCCGGUGGCCAAUGUGGCCAUGGGCGUGCCAACGGCCAGCGUCGCCAGCUACGGCCUCGAUGAGGAGGAGAGCGUGGAGCUCUUAGGUCCUAGACGUGGCUCACGCAGCAUCAUGGUCGAUGUGGCCAGCGGCGUCAAUGAGGCAGCCAAUGGGAUGGUUGGCGGCAAACAACGCAAUCGUUUCCUGUUGGGCGUCAAUCAGAGCCAGGGGCAAGGCCAGAGCCAGGGCCAGGGCCAGGGCCAGGGCCAGGGCCAGGGCCAGGGCCAGGGCCAGGGCCAGAGCCAGGGGCAGGCAAUGAAUUUCCGAUUUUCUGCCGGCGAUGCCGACAAAUUGGAGAAGGGCCUACGCGGUUUGCCAUCCACACGUUCGCUGCGCGAUCCCAGCGUCAAGUAAAUUCUAAAACUGGCAAACUGAGCUCUGUGUGCCUGUGUUUUGCCAGCUGCUGGCAAUUUGUGUGGGGUUGGGUUACGCAUGGAAUAUGGAGCAGGAGCAGGAGCAGGAGUAGCAGUAGAGUGAAGUGGGUUUUUGUGGUAGCCUCAAGGUUGCCAAACGUAGGCAGACGUGUGUGGAUUCGUUUACAUGCAUGCCGACGUGCGUGAUUUAUUUCCUAAUUAAUACUGAAAUACGAAGACGCUUGUACUUUUAAUAUCUAUAAGAUAUCAACAGUAACACAC